GCAGAAAUGCUGAGUUUCCUGCGGAGAACGCUUGGCCGCCGGUCUAUGCGCAAACAUGCUGAGAAGGAGCGACUCCGAGAGGCACAGCGUGCUGCCACACACAUUCCUGCAGCUGGGGAUGCCAAGUCCGUUAUCACAUGCAGGGUGUCCCUUCUGGAUGGCACAGACGUUAGUGUGGAUUUGCCGAAAAAAGCCAAAGGACAAGAGCUGUUUGAUCAAAUUAUGUAUCACCUGGACUUGAUUGAAAGUGACUACUUUGGUCUGAGGUUCAUGGAUUCAGCCCAAGUUGCACAUUGGUUGGAUGGUACAAAAAGCAUCAAAAAGCAAGUAAAAAUUGGUUCACCCUAUUGUCUUCAUCUUCGGGUUAAGUUUUAUUCCUCGGAACCAAAUAAUCUUCGUGAGGAGCUAACCCGGUAUUUAUUUGUUCUUCAGUUAAAACAAGAUAUUCUCAGUGGGAAAUUAGAGUGUCCCUUUGAAACAGCAGUUCAGUUGGCAGCUUAUAAUCUGCAAGCUGAACUUGGUGACUAUGAUCUUGCUGAACAUAGUCCUGAACUUGUAUCUGAGUUCAGGUUUGUGCCCAUUCAGACUGAAGAGAUGGAAUUGGCUAUUUUUGAGAAAUGGAAGGAAUACAGAGGUCAGACACCAGCACAAGCUGAAACCAAUUAUCUGAAUAAAGCCAAAUGGCUAGAAAUGUAUGGGGUUGAUAUGCAUGUGGUCAAGGCUAGAGAUGGCAAUGACUAUAGCUUGGGACUAACUCCAACAGGAGUCCUUGUUUUUGAAGGAGAAACCAAAAUCGGCUUGUUUUUCUGGCCUAAGAUAACCAGAUUGGAUUUUAAGAAGAAUAAAUUAACUCUAGUGGUUGUGGAAGAUGAUGAUCAGGGCAAAGAACAAGAGCAUACCUUUGUCUUUAGGCUGGAUCAUCCUAAAGCCUGCAAACACUUGUGGAAAUGUGCUGUGGAGCACCAUGCCUUCUUCCGCCUCCGAGGACCUGUCCAAAAGAGUUCUCAUCGAUCAGGAUUCAUUCGACUAGGAUCACGAUUUAGAUAUAGUGGAAAAACAGAGUAUCAGACCACAAAAACUAAUAAAGCAAGAAGAUCGACUUCCUUUGAAAGGAGGCCCAGCAAGCGGUACUCCCGACGGACCCUACAGAUGAAAGCAAGCACAACAAAACCUGAAGAUCUUGGUGUUCAUAAUGCUUCAACCCAGAAUAAUGACUCCCAGCAGGCUUGGGGAAUGAGGUCUCCUGUGCCUGUGGCUUCUUCCUCAUCCUCUGGUCCUGUGCUGGUAGAGAUAGAGAAUCUUCCACAGAACUCUGCAGCAGACCAACACGACAGGAAAUGCUUGCCUCAGAAUAUUGAUUUUCUAAAUAGCCCAGACUUACUAGAAACAACCACUGGUGAUGUAACAAGAACUUCAAAUACUUCGGAAACAUCCCCAGCAUCAGAUAACAUUAAUGUAGCCACCAGGUCAAAUGAAUUAGAGCCCAAAGUUGAAUGCGAGACAUUAAAAGAUGACACCGAAAAGCUCAAACAGCUUGAAAUGGAGCAGAAUAUCUUGCCAUGUCCUCGACCUACCAUUGACAUUAAUGUCAACAGCCAGGAAGAAGUGAUAAAGUUGACUGAGAAGUAUCUUAAUAAUGCCAUUGAGAGCCCAGGAUUGAAUGCAGUGAGGGUUCCUCCUGACUUCAAGAGUAAUAUUUUGAAGGCUCAAGUAGAAGCCGUACAUAAGGUUACAAGAGAAGAUAGUUUAUUAACUCAUAAAAAUGCCAGCGCUCAGGAUACUGCCACAAACAGUACUGCAUUAAAUGGAAAUAACGUGGCCCUCUGCGAAGAUCCCCUCACGAUGGUGCAUGCGACAGCUGCUGACAGUGGAUCUGUACUAAAGGAGGCUACGGAUGAACUCGAUGCCUUACUUCUUUCUCUAACUGAGAAUCUGAUGGAGCACACAGCCACACCCCAGGUGUCUUCAUCAUCCAUGAUCACACCCCGGUGGAUUAUUCCACACAGUACUGCCAUCUCCAAUGGGCUCACAGGACAUGGAACAGCCUUGGCAGGGAUAGAAGAAUGUGGUGACAAAGUUGGAUUCUCACUGAUUUCCCCCCCAGCACCAUUCUUGGUAGAUGCUGUGACCAGCUCUGCCCCUCCCUUGGUUGAAGACUCAGCCUUGAAGCAGAAGUGCUUGCUGACUACUGAGCUCUGAGGGCUGCCCGCCUGUAACUGGAAUGCCCCAGCCAUCCUAGUCAGCCCUGGGUACAGCUGAGUGUGUCCUUCUCUUGGGUAAAACCUUCUACCCGGAUUUGACUUUAACUCCAUAAAGAAGGUAGCUACAUUUUCCGUCCGACUGGAAGUCUACCCCACAAAGCUGUUUAACUGAAAAUACCUCCUCCUCUUCCUUUAAUUUUAUUCACAUUGCCAAUUCCUAAGUCAAUGAAAUUCACUACUUUCCUUCAAACUCUUGGCUCCAUCUAGUGGUUGCAACUGUAAAUAACUUAGGGCAAGGCUUGCUGUCAGGAGCCUUUCCCUUUCUGUUUCCCUGUACUGCCAGGGUGAGCACACCUGACCUGCUGGAAAAAUGAAUGCCACUUUACUGUGCGUUACCUGGAAAUCAGAAUUUAGGAUAUGGAUAAAAACACUGUGUAGGUAGAUCCCAAGCCAGCUCUCACAUUCUAGGAUUCUUAGAGAAGCUGAGAACACAGAGGGUUGAAGAUGUCAGCCACACUUUAAAUUCUGUGUAGUAAUGAUCUCACUGCUCCAAAUUUGCAUCAAAGACAAAUUUUAGGAACUACAAAGAGAUCAGUUUCUAGGUGUGGACUUUUCAGACCCAUUUCCUAAGGAAGCCUCUCCAUCACUCAGCUGUGUGUAACUCUGCAGCCUGAGCCAGUGGAAACUCAGCCUUAAUGAGCUUACCAGUCGUGAAGGUCAGUGUGGCAGUGCUCCUCCAGUCAGUACCGGUUCAGGCAGAGCCUCCGUUUCCUUUCAGCAUACACUGCAUUUGUGGCUUUCCAGCUGACAAGAAAAGAAAACAUCUGGCAGGCCUGGGGAAUGGUGGCCGAGGGAUUAGGUUCUUGGAUGAGUAUCACUGAAGAAGCUUGCACAGUAUAACGAAUGAAGUCAGCUUACAUCAGGGGCUUUCUUUGUAUUCAUUUUUAGAGUUCUCUAGAAUUUCCCAUUCUCUUAGCCUGUAGCAACAGAAGUUCUGAUGUUAAAGUAGUACACACUCACCGUAGAAAAGUAAAUAUGUAUGCACCUUUAAUCCCAGCACACAGAAAUGACAUUAAAGUAGCUUUAACUGCUUGGGCUGAAAGAUGGGGACCUCAGUUACCAUGAGGAAUGAGGAUGAUAUACAGGCAUUGGUAAAACCAUUGGAGUUCCUUGUUACCAAGCACUGGUGUUAAGCUAUAUCUCCCGGAGUCGAGCACACAUUCUUCUCAGCUAGGAGCACAUCUGGCUCUGUGGUCUUUAAAAAGCUGUGCUUUAGACUACCCUGGCUUUUCUGUGACAUAUCAUGUACUCAGGCAAACACUGGUGUCUGUCUGGGAAGCUCGGGGGGUUACA